CAAGUUGGGAUUGGUCAAAAUUACCCGGAAAUGCCUCGUUUGCAAAUCCAAGAUGUCUGCGCCCGUAGAGAAAAACAUGUUAUUUUUGUAAAUUUUGCUCGUCCUUGAUGAUACAGACUUAUUAUCCAUCAAAAAUGUCUUUAUUUGCAGUAAAAAGGUAUCUGGGAGAAGAAGAUGAUAACAAAACAGAAAAGCAGGAAGCUUCUGAUAUUCUAAAAAAGUUACAGGAAGAGGCCAAAGUUAGAAGAAGAAGUCUUAAAAAAGACAAUGGUGAAGUGAAUAAUGUCAUUGUAUCAAAUUCUGAUGUAGCAGUGACAGUUGAUGAAACUGAUGAAAGUAGUGAAGGAAGGCAACAUAAGAAAAAAAAGAAACAUAAAGAGAAAACUGGUAGUCCCAGUAAGGAUACAGAAAUAAAUCAAAUAGACCAAGUGGUUGAAAAUGACAGUUUUCACAUUGUGAAAAAGAAAAAGAAGAAAAGAAAGCAUGAAGUAGAAGACACAGUUUAUGAUAGUGUAGGUUUGAAUGAAACGGAAUGUGAGACACCUGUUAAAAAGAAGAAAAUUGAAGAUAUGCAAACAGUUGACAGUGAAACAGAAAAGAUUAAACAUAAGAAACAUAAAAAACACAAAAAGCAUAAGCGCAAACAUGCAGAAGAUGUUAAAGAGGAACAUGAUGAUAGUCUGAAGCAAGAAGAUGACAGGCUUGAAGACGAUGAGACAAAAGUUGUUGACACAGAACAGAAUAUAUCAGAUAGAGUUGAUAUGCAAGUUGAUGAUAAUGAAAGCCUUAAAGAUGAAAUACAUAAAGACAAUGAUGAAAAAGCAACAUUUGUAGGUACAGGAAAAGAAACUGAGAUUGGAGGAUUUACUGUAAUAGGAAAUGUUCGUCCUGCUAAACAAGAAAAGGUACGGCGAGUCUUACCCGAAUGGUUGUCAACCCCAAGUAUCAUAUCAUCUGAUUUAGGUACAGAUAAAUUACCAGUCACUGAGAUGCCUGGUCUGGCAGAAGAUCUUGUAGACAAGCUGAAGGAUAACAAAAUUACACAUUUCUUUCCAGUUCAGAAGCAGGUGAUUCCUGCUUUGCUUGAGUCCAGCCUCACAGGUUUUCACAUCGGUAGAGCUGGGUACCGACCCAGUGAUAUAUGUGUAUCAGCACCUACAGGAAGUGGUAAAACUCUGGCUUUUGUUCUGCCUAUUGUUCAGGCAUUGAGAUCACGAGUAACAUGUGAAGUUCGAGCCUUGGCUGUGCUUCCAGUUAGAGACCUAGCUACACAGGUGUUUAAAGUCUUCCAGACAUAUUGUAAGGGAACAGAUCUCAAGGUUGGGUUGAUGAUAGGACAGAAGACACUGCUGGCAGAACAACAAUCAAUUGUGAAGAAAAGGUUACGCAGCUAUCAAAGUAUGGUGGACAUCAUAGUUUCAACACCAGGACGUCUUGUUGAUCAUAUUAACCAGACUGAAGGAUUUAAUCUUGGACAUCUUAGAUACUUGGUGAUAGAUGAAGCAGACAGAAUGAUGGAUGAGAUCAAACAAGAUUGGUUGAUACAGGUAGAAAAUGCUGUGUAUAGAUCUCGACCCCGUCCAGGAGCCCUUACAGUAACCAGCUGUCAGAACAUGGACAUGCCAUUACAGAAGUUACUAUACUCGGCAACAUUGUCACAGAACCCAGAAAAACUUCAACAGCUGAACCUGUUCCAGCCCAAACUGUUUACAUCAGUGGUCAAAACUGGCAAGAAACCACAGUCACAUUCUGGUCAGAAAAAACAACAAGAUGACAGUAAAACAUCGGAACAUCAUGUGAAUGCUGACAGUGAUGUUGAAAUGAAAAGUGACACAGAAACAGACAGAACAAGAAAUGAGCCUACUGGUAAUAAGAGUAACAGUGUACAUGGACAAAUGGAAGACAAAUCUGGUGAUUUUGUUGGAAAGUAUGCUACACCUACUAGUUUAUCGGAAUACUACAUAGAAACAACAAGUGGGGUGAAGCCAUUAAUUGUUCUACAUUUAUUACAUCAUCUCAAGUACAGAAACAUUCUUUGCUUCACAAACUCUGUCGAAUCAACACACAGGUUGUUUAUGUUGAUCAAGUUGUAUGGAGGUAUAGAGGUGAAGGAGUUCUCUUCAGGUCUCCAUGUGGCACGACGGAAAGCUAUCCUGCAAAAGUUUGAAGCUGGUAAAAUUGACAUUCUAGUUUGUUCAGAUGCCAUGGCGAGAGGAAUGGAUAUUACUACAGUGAAGUAUGUUGUAUCAUAUGACCCGCCUUCAUACAUACAGACAUACAUCCAUCGUAUAGGUAGGACAGCUAGGGCUGGCAAGGAGGGGACAGCAUUUACAUUACUGCAGAAGAAGGAGUUUUUUCACUUCAAGAAGAUGACUAGAGAGGCUGGAAAAGCGAGCCUACAUGCAAUGAAAAUCAGUAAAGAUGAUAUUAAACCUCUUCUUUCAAAAUAUGAGGAGACAUUGAAACAGCUCAGUGAGAUAAUAAAGACUGAAAAGCCAAAGAGGAACUUCACACCCAAGAAGUUACAGAAACAAGAGAUCAAAAAUAAAACUGGAUAAUGAUGUAGUAAUUUUUAGGAAUAAAUUUUUUUAAA